AUGGACAAGAAACCAGAAAGAGUGCUGGUUGAUCCUAAGGAAUGGAAGAUCAUUAACAAAAAGCUGGCUGAAAUGAGCGAGAGCAUUUCCACUCUGCGUUCCAAGCUCGAGGAAGUCUCCACAACUUGUUCACCUGCCUCGGAUUCAGGAGGGGAAACUGAGCCCCGGUCUAAUAAUCCAGAAACAGAAGGCAUUCAUAUGCGUAAUGUCCUUGGAGGCUCACCUGUGCACUUUGGCUCCAGCUCGGUGUUAGCCUUUAUUCUCGAACGAUCCAGACGAUCCAGUACCGCAGGCUCGGUCUUUCGGGAGGACGGCAUCCUUCCCCAACUGGCCCUGGAAAAUCAGGCCGCGACAUAUCCCUUUUUGGAUCUGUGGUCGUCGGAUCUGAUGACAGUUGGCAGUGGCGCUGUCUGCGCUGCGCUGCCUGACGAUAACCUGUGUCGAAGGUUGUCCUUCCUGUUCUCAUUGCCUAAGAUGAAACUAACAGUUUUGGUUGUUGAUUUUCAGGCUCUUCCGAUAUUAUCGAGACGUCCGUACAACGCUGUAUCCCGUCCUAACGGAUAUCGACCAGUUCGAAAGGGAUAUGGAGAAAUUGCUGCGCAAUCGGUCCCUAAACAGCCUCAACACGAGUCACGUUUUGGAAGCGGUAGAGCCGUUCGGGAUGAGUAUCGCGUUCAUAGGGAUUCUCUUCGCCGUUCUGGCCUCUGGUUGUCAACUGUCCGACCUGCCCAAAAAAGAGAAGACUCUGCUAUGCCAGGUUUACGGUACGAGAUUGUUUCUGUCAGUUCCACUUUCGAUGCUAAUGCAUGCACAGUAUCAUGUUCCUAUCAAUGCUUGCGCAAUGCAAACUUCCUGUCACGACCAACCGUCGAAGCUAUCCAAACCCUCUUGAUUCUGGGAGAUACCCUGUCGUACAAUAUGAACCCUGGUGUGGCCUAUGUCACUUUUGGGAUGGCACAAAGGAUGGCACUCACGUUGGGCUUGCAUAUUGAGUCAACGGCAUUUCCAUCGGACGAGCUGUUUGUAAGACGGCGAGUCUGGUGGUCGAUGGCAUGGCAAGACAGUCAUUUCGCGCUUUCAUAUGAUCGACCUGCUGAGACACUGGCACCGAAUCCCCAAAUUCCGUAUAAACAGGGCACUGGUCCCGGUAAUCGAGGAUACUUUGAAACUAUGUGUCGAGUGAUCUCUCUCACACUGCAACUGCUCCGUGAAGCGACAAUUUCUGCGGCUCGAAUCAAGUCCACCGCCAUUUCCGAGUACAAAAAGGAACUGGACCACAUCCUGGCAGAUGCGGCUCCGUAUCUCCGCAGUGAAGACCACUGCUUCAACAUCACCAACCACAUCGAACGACUGACCCUCAAACUGCGGUCGUCGUAUCUGAUCUCGGAGAUCUGUCGACGUUCCGUCAAACCAAAUAACUGCCCAGGGCAGAGGACCACAAGUACAUCGCUGUGCACGGCUUGUGUGGAGAGCCUCAUCAACACGGUGGAGGCCUAUGUCGAGCUUCACGAGAUCAUCCCUCACGGUUCACGUUCGUGGAUCCAUCUCCACAGCGCCAUCAGUUCUUCCUUUUUGCUAGCGGUAGACGAAGGAUCGCAAUCCAACCCGGAAGUGUGGAGUGCUCUGGAGAAGCUGGAAAAUGUCUUGGUCGAUCUCACGUCUGCGGACGAACAUGAUGCGUAUGCGUCCAGUCCGGAGUCUCUCAGUGGUAUAACUCCACCAUUCCGCCGUUCAUCCCACCAGAGUGUUGGAACGGAUUUCCCGACGCCAAUGCAGUUCUCCGGUCAGACGGACAUGUUGUAUGACUUUCCAAUAGUCCCAGAGGUGGCGAUGACAGACGAUGUCGAGACCUCUAGACCUGCAAACGUUGACUUUCUCACGCGCACACUUGACGCGCUGCGGAAGAUCAACGCUGGAUUUAGUGCUCAGAAGGCAAGUGUGUCUUUGGAAGAUGGAAGGUCCACCAAAAAUGCAGAUGGUGAAAAGGGCACGGGGUCGUGUUGUACUAGUAAUGUCGCUGUUAGAUGA